AUGCCUGGAGCAUUCUACUACAUGGGUCCAGAAGAGGUUGAUCUUGCAAAGUCCCGUUCUCUCAAGGAAGAACUGUUGAAUACUGUGGAAUCGUCUGGGUGGAAUUGCCAGGACUGGGCUUUGGAGGGUCUAGAGAAACUGAGAGCGGAUGGGUUUAUCUAUGAUGGGUACACACGCGAGACCGUGAAGGCAUGGCUCAAGGAGAAAUGA